UUAUAAUCUAAAAAUAACAGCAAUGUUUUACUAGUAACACGAAUGCAUGGUUGGAAGAAGGCUAGCAAGACUGAAUGCCUUUCAUCGUCAUUAAUUGAAGUGGAUGCCAUGUAGGCACGAAUGAAUUAUGAGGAACGAAAAAAGAAAACAAAGGGCCAUCCUUUCUGUGUGCUUAACCUUAAUAGCUCUAUUGUUUUCCACCACUGCCUUUAUUACAACAUACUGGUGUGAGGGAACACAGAGAGUACCCAAACCGAACUGUGGAAAAGGCAAGAAGACAAACUGCAUAAACUACAAUGGGAAUGAGGCACACAAUGAAACAAACCCAAACCAGGUUCAUUAUAGCUGGGAGACAGGAGAUGACAGAUUCCUAUUCAAAUAUUUUCAUACUGGAAUAUGGUAUUCAUGUGAGGAAAAUAUAAGUGGUGCAGGUGAAAAAUGUCGAAGUUUCAUCGAUCUAGCCCCAGAAUCUGAAAAAGGUGUUCUCUGGCUCUCCGUGGUGUCUGAAGUUCUGUUCAUUUUGCUUUUAGUCGUGGGAUUCAUCCUUAUGUGCCUCGAAUUUUUGCAGUCAAAUAAUUUUGUGGAUGGUUUGAAGUUAAAUGCAUUUGCUGCCGUCUUCACUGUGCUGUCAGGUCUUCUAGGCAUGGUGGCUCACAUGAUGUAUACUCAAGUUCUCCAAGUUACUGUGAGUCUGGGUCCUGAAGAUUGGAGGCCUCAUUCUUGGGAUUAUGGGUGGUCCUUCUGCCUUGCAUGGUGCUCCUUCACUUGCUGUAUGGCAGCUUCUGUUACUACACUGAACUCUUAUACUAAAACUGUCAUAGAAUUUGGAAACAAGCAUAAAAUAUUUGAGCAAGUCAUACAAGAGCAAAUAUCCAUGGAUUCAUGUAAGUAUCUAGAAGAUAAACCAGUCAAUUCAGUUUCUUACUCUCUGAAAAUAUCAGAGGCAGUUGUCAAAAAUGCAAAGCAGUCUAUUCUAACCGGGGCUUCAGGCAACUUUGGAGAAAUCCCAGAGACUGUGGAAGAACAGUGCUGA